AUGCAAGCGCUGCCGAGACCGGUGCCUGGAAGGAGCGUAUCGCAUGGCCUUUUCUACCAGGCGCACUAUCAACGCGCCUUGCAACGCUGCGAAGAUGGUGUUCUCUCACGAAUCGGCUUGCGGAUGCCCAGUAAGUCGCAAUCCACCUCUUUGGGCUCCGAGGACGCCUUCAUGCGAGAGGUUCUCAAGAGGUACUUUGGUGACUUUCUUCCCGAAAAUACCAGCCUGGAGACCACUCUCUCCAUUUUUUCGAAGCAAACAGUGGAGCCUGGCUCCGUCUUGUGGCGCGCGGGCGAGCCCUGCAGUUACUGCGUGUGCGUCACCGAGGGCACGCUGCAUGCGAUGCAGCCCAGUCGGACGGCGGGGAAGGCGGAUCGCUUGGCCUGUAUUGCGGGCCCGGGCGAUUUCAGUGGCUUCCUUGCCAUGCUGAAUCACUUCCCCUACGAGCACACGGUGCUGGUGCCCGAGGAGGCUGAAGAUGAUGAAGGUGCCUGUCAGAUGCUGGUGCUUCAGAAGAACAAGUAUCAAGCGCUGCUGCUCUCAGAUCCUCCUUUCGCCCAAGCGCUACUGCGUGGAUUUCUGCGGCAAAUCAGCUACGAGUGCCGCGAGCUCUCCCGCCUGGCGAACGAAUAG